UUGGAGGGACAACGCCAGUUGGGGGAUCGUACCCAGGGAUGGGACCGCCACCAUCGACACCAGCCUACCCAGGAUUCUAUCCAGAUGCGGGCGUCAGACCUUCUUCCUCAGCACAACCUGGGUUCGUCUCUGACACGUUCGUUCCAGAUAGCGGUGGCUUCAACUUAGAAGAUCUCGACAACUUCACUUCCCUCUCACCCGCGGAGCAAGGUGACCCCGAUGUCUUGGGCUCUUCACAGCUAGGAGGAGCACCACUUGGUUACUCUCAGCAGCAGACAGCGCAGCCUUCUUUGCAUCCUCAGCGAAAAAUGAGGUCUCCGGAUCGUCACACCUACUCGCGGGGCCAUGUCCAUGCCCCGCAGAGGGCGAAGAAGGAGGAAAUGGCGGAUCUUGAGUCUUUGCUGGAGUACAAUGAAAUUGUUAGGAAGAUAUUCGCAAAAGAAGAUGAAGGAUUUCAGUUUUAUAACACAUACACACUUGGUAAAGGAUUUAGUGUGAGGAAAAGCUAUGUUGAGUGGAACAGUGAACACACUGAGCUGACCCUUCGGAGGUAUGUUUGCAGUCGUCAAGAUUACCGUGAAGAGAAGUACGUGAAGAAGGAGAUUAAGAAGCGGAGGCCACAAGAUAUAACUCGUGUUGGAUGCCCUGCAAAAUUGGUAAUUGCACUGGACCGGAACACCGGGCAGUGGUACGUGAAGAAUUUCAUCGAUGAGCACAACCAUCCGCUGGCUCCAGCCGACCUUAGUUGCCUGCUGCGUUCACAUCGAGAAAUCAGCGAUGCGCAGAAAGCUGAAAUUGUGGAGCUGGGGGUUGCUGGGAUCCGCAAACACCAGAUUUUUGAAAUUAUGGAAAUGCAGUAUGGUGGGCAUGACAAGGUUGGCUAUACAUCAAGGGACUUGUAUAAUUUCUGCCAUCUCUAUAAGGAGGAUAUAAUUGCUGAUGGUGAUGCUCAAACAAUCAUCAGUCACCUGAAGGAACGUCAAAACAGAGAUUCUGAGUUCUUCUUCAAGUAUAUGACUGAUGGGAAAGGACACUUGCUGGGAAUGUUUUGGUGUGAUACUCAAUGUAUGCUUGAUCAUGCAGCAUUUGGUGAUGUCGUUGUAUUUGAUAGCACCUACAAAACAAAUCGGUACAACCUGCCCCUUGUGUCUUUCGUUGGGGUGAAUCACCAUUACCACACAGUUCUUUUCGGAUGUGGAAUUAUUUCUCAUGAGAAUACUGAUUCAUAUGUGUGGCUGCUGAAAAUAUUUACCAAAGCUAAUGCUCAGAAGCAUCCUGAUUCCGUGAUCACUGAUGAAGACCUUGCUAUGCAGAGUGCAAUCAGUGUGGGUGCACUCAGGGUUUUUUUGCAUGACCUUUGCUCCAUAGAAGAGAUUGAGAGGAAAUGGCAGGUGUUCCUGGCUGACAAUAAGGUCAAAGAGGACUCAUGGCUUUAUCAGAUGUAUGAGGUGAGGCAAACCUGGUGUGCUGCAUAUCAUGUAGGUCAUUGCUUUUUAGGAUUGAGGAGCAACCAACGGAGUGAGAGCAUGAAAUCUAGGCUUCAGAUGAAAUUGGAUGGUAAAAUGACCCUAUUAGAAAUGGUACAACACUAUGAGACCUGCCUUACAAAAGUGCAUAGAAAUGAGGCGGAUGACGAUGCUAAAGCACUGCAAUCUGCGCCAUUCACAGAACCUGAUGCUUCAAUUCUUGAGAUAAAUGCAAAGGAAAGGUUCACACCAAAUGUUUUUAAGGCGAAGGUCCAGUUCAGCGUGGAAGCAGCCAAGAAAUGUUCUCUAAUUGAGAUUCUAGAUGGCGAUGAUACAAUUGAGUAUAUUGUUGGAAGGAGAGAUAGAGACAUCAUGUACUAUGUGAAAUGUGAAUUAACUGGAUAG